CCCAAUCGCGUGCGAGCAGCGGCUUUAGCGUCUCUUUGCUUCCAGAAACAUGGCGGAUCGGCUUACCCAGCUGCAGGACGCCGUGAACUCGCUUGCAGACCAGUUUUGUAAUGCCAUUGGAGUGUUGCAGCAGUGUGGUCCUCCUGCCUCUUUUAGUAAUAUUCAAACAACAAUUAACAAAGAUCAGCCAGCUAAUCCCACAGAAGAAUAUGCCCAGCUUUUUGCAGCACUGAUUGCACGAACAGCAAAAGACAUUGAUGUUUUGAUAGAUUCUUUGCCCAGUGAAGAAUCUACAGCUGCUUUACAGGCUGCUAGCUUAUAUAAGCUAGAAGAAGAAAACCACGAAGCGGCUACAUGUCUGGAGGAUGUUGUUUAUCGAGGAGACAUGCUUCUGGAAAAGAUACAAAGUGCACUUGCUGAUAUUGCGCAGUCACAGCUGAAGACAAGAAGUGGCACCCAUAGCCAGUCUCUUCCAGACUCAUAGUGCCAGUGUAUACCACAUGGCUGAGAAAAGAACUAUUUCAGUGGCAUUAAGAAUUCUGCAUCAGAUAUAGAUGUAAGCCUUACCAACAGUUACAGAAACAUUAAGCACUAUAACAUGUUAUCUUUUUAGCUAUUUUUAAUAGUCUUCUAUUUUCACUCUUGAUAAAUAAGCUUGUAAAAUCGUGAUUGAGCCAGCUUUAAACCAUCAUUAUACCAUCAUUUUUUAUUACCUGAAUGAAACUAUUGAGGCAGCUAUUACAUUAAUGAUCAUAAUUAAACAAAUGUACUAUAAAAUUCUAUUGUGACACA